AUGAACCGUCAAGGGGCGAGUGGCAGUAUGUCACUGCUAAACUCCCUCUCACUACUGCUGGCACUUCAAGUCAGCUCAUCAUACGCUCAAGGACUCACAGGUUAUGGAUUGACUUCAUACGAUCCCAUCUGCGCUGAAGCAUGUCUUCGGUCCUUCACUCCACUGAUGCUGCCCUGCUCAAGCAUGCACGAUGGACACAUGGCGACUCCCCCAGCAUGUCGAGCCAACGACACUGCCUUUUUAACAUCUGUGGCUUGGUGUUUGAGUGACAACUGCGCCGAUGAAAAGUUGUCGAAGAUUGAGGGUUACUGGGAAGAAUGGAUUACAGGGAGCAAAUUUGUUCCUGCAAAGUGGUCCUACUCGGAGGCUCUCAUGGAGGUUGACCCUAAGCCACCGCGGUAUCAACUCAACAUGACAGACAAGGCACUCAACCAGACAUCAGUUCUCGCGCCAGUCACGUAUCUCAGCCAAUGGAAUUCACUCUGGGCGACGAACCAUGAAAUGAUAAUGGGAGCAAGAUAUGGUAUCAUUCUUGUUGUCAUUGCCGUCGGAAUACCUAUCCUAAUGACAUGGUCCGGCUAUCUCCCUGUCAUCCCAUUAAUCUACGACAAACUCAAACCAUACAUCCUCUAUCCAAGCAUGAUCGGCACGUACUCCGUCCGACCAUUGCCAUUUAAAUUGGGCAAUGCUCCUUCAGUUGGUCAGGGUCUAUAUAUCGCCUUAUUCAUUGCUCUGGUCGUUGUGUUUACCGCUAUCGACUACGAGCUUCGUCAGCCGCAUGCUAGAUUCAUGGGUGAACGGCGAGAACUUCUUGCUUAUCUCGUCUACCGCACCGGAGCCCUAGCAUUCGCCUUACUCCCACUGAUCAUCAUCUUUCCCUCGAGGAACAACCUCCUCUUAUGGCUCUCUAACUGGUCACGUUCGACAUUCAUCCUGCUUCACCGUUGGAUUGGGCGUACCUUCGCUUUGCUGGCUGUUCUGCACGCUAUCUUUGUUCUCGUUGGCUCUGACAAGAUGGGCACCACGGACUGGAGACGCUGGGGAUCUGUGACUGUGAUCUUCACUGUUAUAACCUGCCUUGGCAGCGGCCUCUACGUUCGAAAGGCUAACUACGAGCUUUUCUUGCUUAUGCAUAUCCUCAUCGCUGCUCUCGUCAUCAUCGGAUGCUGGUAUCACCUCAUGCUGCGAUAUGCCUCCAUCCGGCUGCACUCGCCUGGUUAUACCUCCGGCCACGAGAUCUGGCUUUACCUCGCAAUUGCUCUCUGGGGUUUCGAGCGACUCGUUCGAAUCGUGCGAGUCAUCAGAUUGGGAAUUCUCAGGUCCAAGGUCAAGAACAUCGGAGCUGGCUACGUCCGAGUCGAUGUACCAAGCGUUCGCUGGGGUUUGGAUCCCGGCAAGCACGUCUUCGUCUACUUUCCAACGCUUGCUCCCAUGCGACCUUGGGAGAAUCAUCCCUUCUCAGUCAUUCCUACAGUUGCUCUUCAACGACGUGGAACCUCACCUACGCCUGGCUCUCCAACCUCACCAGGAGCUUCCUCGGGAUUGGAAGAUAUUGAGAAGUCAACGACUCAAAUUGCAGUGGUCAGACAGUCAUCAGCCUCAGCUGAGAUCUCCGCUGGAGUGACACUGUUCAUCAAGAAGUCGACCGGUAUCACAAAGUAUCUUGAGAGCCACGAUCGCUUACUCACCUUCUUGGAGGGACCUUACCCAGGUAGCGACACACGACAGGUCCUACGCUGCGACAGACUUCUUCUUAUCGCUGGUGGUGUUGGCAUCACUAGUCUGUUUGCAUUGGUUCACAACCACUGGAACGUCAAGCUGGUAUGGAGCGUCAAAGCAGAUGCCCGAUGUCUUGUCAACGAAAUCGAGCCAGCCCUCGAUGCCGUGAGCACUGCACAGAAGGACAUUAGAAUUGGUUCAAGAUUCGAUGUUGCUGCCCUCAUCGAUGAAGAGGCAUCAGCAGGCUGGAAGAGAGUCGGUAUCGUGGUCUCAGGCCCGGGAUCCCUAUGUGAUGAUGUGCGGGCCGUUGUUGCUGGAAUUGGUCGUAACUCCAAGACUGUGUUUGAACUUGAGUCAUUUCGAUCGCUCUUCGGCUCGGCCGACUCCGUUAUCUCACAAGAUGGCUAUAAAUACAAGUGGGAUACUCCGAUUGCCCAAGGCUGUGAAGACUCGAACCACUGUCAGCAACGAGAUAAGAACACGUGGAGGAACUUCUUUAUCCAGUACCACGUUUCUUGGCUGUCCCGAGCGUGUUGCAUACAAGGGCAGGUCCCAAAAGACUCUACCGCACAUGCAGAAAGACGAAGUCUCCAACUAAACGCCAGAACAACUCAAAACCUGACACUCACCAUAACCGCUUUACACGAAUGGCUGUAUACCAAGAUCUUUUUUUUUUCAUCAUCCUUCUCGAGCUUGAUCGCAGCAUGCUCCUGGUGA